UCGAAGUUAAUGGCCUCCGGGAGGUAUCCCACAGUGCACCAGUGGCCGCUCUGGACAGGUAAAGGAACUCUACUGCACUGGCCAGGUACACAGGAAAAGCCCCGGGAACUUUUGAAUUGCAUUUCCUGUUUGGCCAGCGUGAAGCUCUCAGCAGCACAGGUAACAAUGCAGUCUCCUGAGAAUAGGAAAAGAGCUCCAGCGUGGAACACACAGGAGUUAUUGGAUCUGAUCGCUGUAUGGGGAGAAGAUUCUGUGCUAUCAGAACUGCGUUCCAGUAGACGAAAUGAGAAAACUUUUGAAAAAAUUUCUAAUGCCAUGAGGCAGAGAGGCCAUAGCAGGGACUCGGUGCAGUGCAGAGUUAAAGUGAAGGAGCUCAGACAAGCGUACCAGAAAACCAAAGCAGCAAAUGGCAGAUCCAGAUCUGGGCCAAAAACAUGCCGCUUCUACGCGGAGCUGCAUGCAAUUUUAGGUGGCUGCGCCACGACAAGCCCCCCCUUGUCUGUGGAUUCAGAGGUGGGGGUAGUAAUCUCAGCCAUUGCUGAUGAUUCUGCGGACGGCGAAGAUAUGGAGGAGGAAGAGGAGGACGAGAUGGCAGAGACCACACAGCACUCCAUUCUCCCCAACAGCCAGGAGCUUUUUCUCACCCAGACAGAAUUACCCUCCCAGCCCUCCCAAGCCACUAGCCCAGACAAUGAAGCCAUGGAAGCGACCUCUGCUGCACAUUUUUCAAGCUUCCCUACUCCAGUCCGACGGAUAGGCCACCAUGAGAACGGGUACCUUGCUUUAGCGGACCAUAACAUAGAUCCUUGA